UCUUAUCUUCACAAUUCUUUAGUUUCAAUAAAAACCUUAUCUUCAUCCCCUUCUUCUCCAAUGGCUUCUUCAUCUUCUUCCCUCCAUUUCCUUUCACUUACACCACAAACACUCCCAAAACCCACUUCCCAAACAACUUCAAUUUCCUUCUUUUCACUUCCUUCUUCCUCUUUAAACCUUUCUUUAUCAUCUUCUUCAACCCCAAGAUACUUUGAGUCUUCUCGUUUUGUUCGUAAAGUAACCCUUUCUGAUUUUGACCAAAUUGAGGAAGUUGGGGCUGGUGAUGAUGAUGAGGAGGAGGAAGGGGGUUUGAGUGAUGAAGGUGCUUCAUAUCAAGAACGUAAUGCCAAUCCUGACCUUAAAAUCUUUGUUGGUAAUUUGCCUUUCAGUGUUGAUAGUGCGUAUCUUGCUGAGCUUUUUGAACGUGCUGGAGAUGUUGAAAUGGUUGAGGUUAUCUAUGACAAGCUUACAGGAAGAAGCAGAGGUUUUGGCUUUGUGACAAUGUCCUCCAAAGAGGCAGUUGAAGCUGCCUGUCAACAAUUUAAUGGCUAUGAAAUUGACGGGAGGGCACUGAGGGUGAAUUCUGGGCCAGCACCACCCAAAAGGGAGAAUUCUUUCGGGGGCAAUUCUUCUUACCAGGGAGGCAGGGGUGGAGGGAGUAUGGACAGCUCCAACAGAGUCUACGUAGGAAACCUUGCAUGGAGUGUUGACCAACAACAACUUGAGACCUUGUUCAGUGAGCAAGGAAAGGUCGUGGAUGCCAAAGUAGUCUAUGAUAGAGAUAGCGGUAGAUCAAGGGGCUUUGGAUUUGUAACAUACAGUUCCGCUCAGGAGGUCAACGAUGCAAUUGAAAGCCUGGAUGGUGUUGAUCUAGGUGGCCGGGCUAUCCGUGUAAGUCCUGCUGAAGCUCGUCCACCCAGACGUCAAUUCUGAAGAUUGUAGCCAACAUCUUUUUGACCGAGAAAAGGCUUGAGGGUCCAGGAGAUGACGAUAAUUGCAGAAAUGAAUGAGUUAUUAACUUUGCAACAGCUAUAUCUUAAACUUGCGCGGACAAACUACUCUCUACUUCUGGACUAACUAGAGCUCUCAAGUAAAUUAGUUUUCGUAAUGUAUGUUCUGAAAUUGCCUCAGGAAGAUAUCCCUGAUCUUGUAAUAUGAUUCUAUCCAUCACUUGUUGACAAUCAAGACAAUGAAAAAGUUUGAUACUCUUCGAAAAUGUAUCUUAGCGCGAACCAA